CCAUUGCCAGUUGGUCACGGGGGGACGGAACUGUUGUGCUGGGCGGUUGGGGCAGGCGGACCGUGUAGAGUGUGACAGCGGAGGCGGGCGAGGAAGCUUCUGGAAGAGACUCUUACAGAAAGUAGAAAAUGACCCGUUGGGCUCGCGCUAAUAACAUCCAUAAAAAUAAACUCUCAGAAGCAACACCAUGGAGUCAGAUGAAACAGAAUGGUAGCUCAAGUAGAGCAAUACCAAGUUACAAACGGGUUAAAAAUCCACUACCCAAGCAUGGAAACAGACCACAGCCGCCUAAACGUAAGGAAAGUGAAUGGUACCACAUUAAAAAAGAGUACCUGAGCGAAGAUGUUAAUGGGUUCGUGGACUACCUAAAACAAAAUGGUCAAGUUCUCCGCAAAGGAAUAUUGGUGUCAGUGGAAAGCGAAGAGCUAAGUGGUGAGCUAGCCCUGAAGAAGGACCAGAGAAGGGAAGUCAGAAGAUUGAAGAGGCAAACACAGAAAAAAUCUGCCAUGAUAUGUUUCCACUGCAGAAAAGCAGGACAUGGAAUGGACGAAUGCCCAGAAAUGGACAAAGAUGAACAAGAGAUGGGAAGUGGUAUAUGUUACCGCUGUGGUUCCACAGAACAUGAGCUCCAGAAAUGCAGAGCAAAGAUUGACCCUGCACUAGGAGAAUUUCCAUUUGCUAAAUGUUUUAUUUGUGGUGAAACUGGACAUCUUUCAAGAUCCUGUCCAGACAACCCAAAAGGACUAUAUGCAAAUGGACGUUGUUGCAAGCUGUGUGGCUCAGUGGAGCACUUUCAGAAGGAUUGCCCAGAUCAUCAGAACAUGAGUAAUUUUGGUUUAACUGUCGGCCGAUGGAAAAAAGGAAUGAGUGCUGAUUACGAAGAAGUCCUAGUCACAUCAAAUAUACAUAAAACUAAACAUAAAGCUCCAAAGAUUGUUAAUUUUUAACCCCUACCUAGAAAAUUAGAAUUUAAAUUAUUCCCCCUGCAAAUAUCAAAGAAAAUAUAUCAGAACAUUAUUUUACGAUUGGAAAAAAUACUCUAAAAUCCAUUAAUACCAGCAGAUGGAGCCAUUGUAUGACAAAUCCACUAUUAUUACUGCUAAAACUCUUCUUUGUACCCAACUCGAAUAAAUAGUUGUAUAAGGUU